AUGGUGUGCGUGGCCACCGCCCUGAAGGUCCUCUUCUCGUCAAAGGACUGCAGCGGCGAGCCGCCCGCCAGCGGCGCGCCCUUCUCGGACCUUUCCCUCGAGCGCAACGAGGCCAUCGCGCUGGUCAACCUGCUGGCACGCUUCAGCAACGGCCUGCACCUAUACCACGAGCUCGCCGCCGCGCUGGCCGCGGAGGGCGGCGCCGCGAGCCCGCUCGCGGGCGCGGGGGCGGCCGGCGCGGUGCUCGCGUGA